AUGACUUUUUCAAGAUCACACUUUCAAGGAACUCAUGACAGUGAAGCCGGUCCAAGUAGAAUUACACAUGUUAAUGAUGUUGCACCUGAUCGUAAUUGUACAUCCCCUAAUCAACAAAACAUCACGAGUCAAUCCGAUACAGAUGAUAUGGAUGUUGACGAAGCUUUAGAGGAUGCAGUAAUAUCAUAUGUUAACAUGGAUGCCAGAGAAAAUGGUGCAUUAUCACGUCGUCCUCAAGAAUCAGGACAUGCUUUUCGAGCAAAGCACAAUAUUGCUCGAAAUUUCAAAAAUAAUAUGAUGAUGGCAAAAGCCCGGUUGCCUCAUCCAUUUACCUGUAGACACUGCAAUGCAAGAUUGUUUCAUCAUGAAUCACGUGAUACGUGUUGUAAUGGUGGAAAUGUAUCAUUCUCACGAGUUGAUGCUCCUAUAGUAUUGCAACAAUUAUUUUUGGAUAGUUCAGCUGAAGGAAAACAUUUUAGGCAACAUAUUCGAAGUUAUAACCAUGUGGUUUCAUUCACUUCAAUUGGUGUUCAUGUUGAUGAGAAUAUUCUUGCAUCUGGUCGUGGUAUAUACACAUUUCGUGCUCAAGGUGCUUUUUACCAUAACAUAGGAGGUUUCUAUCCAAAUGAGGGUGUCAGACCGCGUUUCUUACAACUAUACAUCUACGACACCGAUAACGAGCUACAUAAUAGAAUGCAGGAAAAUCCACGGCUGCACCAAAAUAUAGUUCACAAAUUACAGAAAAUGCUCCAUCAGUUUAAUCCUUUUGUAAUUAGGUUCAAGCAACUUUCAAUACUUCCAAAUAUCAGUGAAUGUAGCCUCAUACUUAAAGAGCGUCCACGUAAUCACCAUCAAUACAAUCUUCCAACUGCUGAACAAGUUGCGGCAAUUAUUGUUGGAUGUGAUGCAGAUUCGAUGGAUUAUGGAAGGGAUAUUAAUGUCAUUCGUUGUGAUGGAAAUCUCAAGAAAGUUCAAGAGACAAGGGGAUAUUAUGAUCCUUUGCAAUACCCUGUUCGCCCAAAUGAUCAAUCAAUGUUGUUAAAUGCGGGUCGACUGUUGCAACAAUAUGUUGUAGACAAUUAUGUCAAAAUUGAAUCAGGAAGAUUAAGGUGGAAUAAAGAGCACCAAAGUGAUAUACGUUCUGAAUUGUACCAAGGUUUACAUGAUGCUUUGCAUGUUGGUGAAACUAAUGCAGAGAACAUUGGAAAAAGAACAAUAUUGCCAUCAUCAUUUAUUGGCAGUCGUCGAGACAUGACACAACGUUAUGAAGAUGACAUGGCUAUUGUUCUUAAUGGCGGUAAACCAGAUAUUUUUCUAACAAUGACAUGCAAUCCUUCUUGGAGUGAGAUAACAUCAGAACUUUUGCCUUUUCAAACACCACAAGAUCGUCCAGAUUUGCUAACAAGAAUAUUUCGUUCGAAAUUUGAGAAAUUGAAGGAUGAUGUUAUUAAUAAAGGAGUCUUGGGUAAAGUUAAAAGCUACAUGUAUGUCACUGAAUUUCAAAAGCGAGGACUGCCGCAUGUGCAUAUGUUAUUGGUCUUAGAAAGUAACGAUAAGUUGCGUGACCCAAAAGAUUAUGAUAGUAUGGUAAGAGCAGAAAUACCUAAAUUAGAAUGUGAACCACAGUUGCAUGAAGCUGUUGUAAGACAUAUGAUCCACGGACCUUGCGGCAUAAUCAACCGAAAGUCUCCAUGUAUGAAAGACGGACAUUGUAAAAAAAGGUAUCCCAAACAGUUCUUGGAUGAAACACGUCAAGGCACUGACUCAUAUCCCGAGUAUAGGAGAAGGUUUGAUGAGUCUGUAUCGUUAGGUAGAGAUAAGUCUGUCGAUAAUAGAUGGGUGGUUCCUUAUAACCCUUGGUUACUGUUAAAGUAUGACUGUCACAUCAAUGUAGAGAUUUGCAGUAGCAUUAAAAGUAUCAAGUAUCUAUACAAAUAUGUGUACAAGGGCCCUGAUCGUGUGGCUAUGGAGGUUCAUAAAGGAUCAUACAUGGAUGAAGUUCAGCAAUAUGUUGAUGCAAGAUGGAUUUGUGCUCCCGAGGCAUUAUGGAAAAUAUUUCGAUUCACUCUUUACCGAUUAUAUCCUUCGGUUGAAAGAUUGCAGAUCCACUUGCCGAACCGCCAUCAAGUGCGCUUUUAUGAUCAUCAACAAAUUGCAGAUGUGUUAAAUAAUGAAUGCAACUCCAAAACAAUGCUCACACAAUUCUUUGCAUUGAAUCUACGAGAUCCACAAGCAAGAAAGUAUUUGUAUAGAGAGAUUCCAGAGCAUUAUUGUUGGAACAAGCGGGAUAUGGAAUGGCAUCGUAGGCGAUCAACAAGAAAAGUUAUCGGGAGAAUCUAUACGGUAUCACCUUCGGAGGGAGAUAAGUUUUACUUGCGACUGUUGUUAUCGCAUGUCAUAGGUCCAACCAGUUGGGAAUAUCUUCUUACAAAUAAUGGCAUGACUUUCAGUACAUUCAAAAAAUCAGCCGAGGAUAGGGGAUUUCUAGAGACUGAUCAUAGUAUUCGUGAUUGUUUGGUUGAGGCUACGAGUCUCCGAAUGCCAUAUGCUUUACGAAGGUUAUUCGUGACGAUUUUAAUAUUUUGUGAACCUACUGAUGUUAGAGGCCUUUGGAAUGAGUUUUUUACACAUAUGGUAGAGGAUUAUCAAACAGCUAACAAUGUUGUGGAGUCAAACUUAACUAAUAUGUUGUUGAAGAACUUGAAUGAACUCUUAAACCUGCACGGUAAAAAGAUUGAUGAUUAUGAUCUCCCAUCUUUACCCCCUAAUACAAUAGACAGAGGUGCAGUUCCAAGUAUCAUACAAGAGGAGUUAGCGAUCGAUAUCCCCAAUGAAGAUAUUGAAUCUAUUGCUAAGUUAAAUAAUGAUCAAAUGAUUGCAUUCAACACCAUUAUGAAUGUAAUUGUUCAAAAACACAGUGGGGUAUUUUUUGUUGAUGGUCCAGGAGGAACAGGUAAAACAUUCCUUUAUAGAACAUUAAUGGCAAGUUUAAGAAGUAAAGGAGAAAUUGUCUUAGCAACUGCAUCAUCUGGUAUAGCUGCAACAUUGUUACCCGGUGGUAGGACUGCACACUCUCGAUUUAAGAUACCUAUUGAUAUUCAACCGAGUUCCAUUUGUGGUAUUGAAAAGCAAAAGGAUCUUGCAAAUCUCAUUAGAGUUGCUGCCGCAAUAAUUUGGGAUGAAGCACCAAUGACAAACAAAAAUUGUUUGGAAGCCUUAGAUCGAUCAUUACAAGACAUUUGUAGCAACAGUGCUCCAUUUGGUGGAAAAGUUCUGAUCAUGGGGGGGGAUUUUCGUCAAGUUCUUCCAGUUGUAAGAAAAGGUACUAAGGCACAAAUGAUUUCAGCGUCUAUUGUUCAGUCUCAUUUAUGGAUUCAUACCAAGAUUUUGCAUUUGCGUCAAAAUAUGCGAUCAUUGCAUGAUCAAGAGUUUGUAGAAUUUCUUAUUCGCAUUGGUGAUGGUGUCGAACCUACCAAACCAGAUGACAUGGUGAGGUUACCUUUACAUAUUGCAAUCCCAUGGGAAGGUGAACAUUCCAUACAAGUACUUAUCCAACAUAUUUUUCCUGAUCUAGAAUUGCAUGGUUGGGAUGCCCCAUAUAUGGUACAAAGAGCUAUUUUGACACCAACAAAUGAUGAUGUCCAGAAAUUGAAUGAUAUGAUUAUCGAUCAGUUUCCAGGAGAAGAACAUAAUUUGUUAUCGUUUGACGAGGUUGAAGGAGAUAAUCAUAAUUUAUACCAGCAAGAAUUCUUAAACUCAAUUGCACAAGGUAGUUUGCCACCUCAUAUUCUAAAGAUAAAAAAGGGUGCACCAUUGAUGUUGUUACGAAAUCUAGAUCCUAGAUAUGGAUUGUGUAAUGGGACCCGGUUAUUAUGUCGUGGUUUAUUUAUGAAUAUGUUGGAUGUGGAAAUCCUGACAGGAAGCAACGCAGGAAAACGUGCUUUUUUUAGAAAGCAGUUUCUUGUGCGACUAAGUUUUGCAAUUACAAUAAAUAAAUCACAAGGACAAACCAUUCCAAAUGUUGGAAUAUAUCUUCCACGACAUGUUUUUAGUCAUGGACAGUUAUAUGUGGCUUUAUCCAGGGGUGUUUCACAGACUACAACAAGAGUUUUAACCAGGGAAGGAAAAUUGAAAGGAGAAGAUGCCAAACUAGAACACGAUGAAAUCUUCCAAUUAUGUAGGGAGUUGAGACGAAAGAAUGUUGAAACUUGCUUCGACAUGAAAAUAACAGACUUUGAAGAUAAAUGGAACACGUGGAAGGAUGAACAAAGUAUUUCAUCCAUCGGCAAACUCGACAAUAAGGUCAAACGUUUGAAAAUUUACUCCAUCGGUUGGAGCUCCACGGUAAUAACAGAUAAAACACAACUUUGGAAAAUGGUGAAAAGAGAAAUAAUAUCUCAAAGGAUGGAAAGAAAUCCAGGUAAUUCAGAAACAAGUCAUAAUUGUUGUUCUACGAAAUCUAGACUAAAACAAAGUAUCUCCAUUCUCCAGUUUUUUAAAUCUCAAGAGCGCAUUGAUAAAGGGAUGUACGAAGAAUUGAUUCGAAUCUUUAUAAGGAAAAAAGAAAAUACUUCGAAUAGAGAUUUCAUGUUCGGCAUUCCUCUUAAAGAACGUCAUUGA